UCGCGCACGUUCAAAUAGGAAAAUGGUAUCGCGCAUAUAAAAAUAAAUUUAAAAAUUGAAUGUGUGUUUGGCAAUAAAAUAAAGUAAAAAUUUUAAAUUAGUGCAAGUUUAAUGUCAAUGUUACCUACAUAUAACAAGAAAUAAAAUACAUAUAUGUAUAAAAGAAAUAAUUAAAAAAUUAUUGUUAGUUUUAAUCUAAAAUAAUUAGGUAUCAGAAAAUGCAGUUACAAAAUAUGUAAACGUAGUGAAAGAAUAAAUUGGGGAUUUUUAUUUUUAUUCCGAUAAAUAAUAAAUUGUGUGUUUUUUAAAUUACAUACCUAUGGAAUGUCAAAUUACAAAAUAAAUAUUUUUUUUUUAAAUUUUUCUUUUCUAUUUUUAAAAAUAUGAAAUAACUUAAUUAGAUUUUAAUUAAAUAAAUAUUCUUUGAAUGACUUAAUGUGAAAGAGUGGUGGUAAUUUAAGAAAUACAACGCAAAAUUAUUUUAAAACUAUAAGAGACAAGCAGAAUCAAAAGCAACAAAAAAAAAGCAAUUCGAAUUUAGAAUAUUGGAGUAAAUAAAUUUAAAAAUGGUUAGCAACACAUUAACAAUAACAAAAAAACCGAAACUGAAAUAUCCGAGAUCAGUUGGUUUUAUUAUUAGCAAUGAAUUCUGUGAGAGAUUCAACUAUUAUGGAAUGCGAACAAUUCUUGUUCUUUAUCUGACCAGAAGAUUAAGUUACGAUGAUGAUACAGCAACAGUUUUAUAUCACAUAUUUACCAGUUUUGCAUAUUUUUUUCCAUUGAUUGGAGCCAUAAUUGCUGAUAGUUAUAUUGGUCGUUUUAAAACUAUAAUGUAUUUGUCUAUAGUUUAUGUUCUUGGUUCUAUUAUUAUUACAAUUGGAGCUAUUCCACCAUUACAGCUGCCAGCAAAGGCUGUUACAGUGAUUGGGCUUUUAUUAAUAGCAACUGGUACUGGUGGUAUAAAACCGUGUGUUUCAGCAUUUGGAGGAGAUCAAUUUAAAAUUCCGGAACAAGCAAAACAGUUAGCAUCAUUUUUCUCAUUAUUUUAUUUUGCAAUUAAUGCUGGUUCAUUAAUAUCAACAUCAAUAACACCGAUAUUACGAGAAGAUGUUCAUUGUUUUGGUGAAAAUGAUUGUUAUUCGUUGGCUUUUGGUGUACCAGCACUACUCAUGAUUGUUUCAAUUUUAAUUUUUGUUGCUGGAAAAUCACUUUAUGUAAUGAAAAAACCAUCCGGUAAUAUGAUAUUAUCAGUUAUAAAAUGUAUAACAGAAGCUUUACGAAAACGUAGUUCUGAAAAAAAUUCAGCACCAAAACCACAUUGGUUGGAUUAUGCAGAGAAAAAAUAUGGUGCACAAUUAGUACAAGAUACAAAAGCUUUAUUAAAAAUUUUAGUUUUAUAUUUACCGUUACCAGUAUUUUGGGCUUUGUUCGACCAACAAGGUUCACGCUGGACAUUCCAAGCAACACGUAUGAUUGGUGAUAUUGCUGGUGGUUUUGUUUUAAAACCCGAUCAAAUGCAAGUUGUUAAUCCACUUUUAAUAUUACUCUUCAUUCCACUUUUUGAUUGCAUUCUGUAUCCAAUUUUAUCAAAGCUCGGUAUUAGAAGACCAUUACAAAAAAUUACUUUUGGUGGUUUAUUAGCAGCAGCAGCUUUUGUUAUAUCAGGUUUCCUGGAUUUAAAUUUAGAAAAAGGAUAUCCAAUUAUACCAAAAUCAAAUGAGGCUCAAUUAAGAAUAUUUAAUGGGAUGCCAUGUUCAUAUAAAUUUCAAAGUGACUUAUACGAUAUUCAAAAUGAAAAUUUAACAAUUAAAUCACUUCAUGUCUAUGAAGAUUUGUUAAUUCAGGCUGAAAGUUCAUCACGGGUCAGUGCUCGAUUUAUUCCGGUUGUUGAUGAUUCUAAUUCAAAUGUAACUAGAAAAAUAUGUGGAAAUGUUUCGCAAGAAAUUGAUUUACAACCUGGUUUAGCUAUGAGUUAUUUCUUAUUUAGUGAUAAAAAUGGUCCAUUUUUAAAAGGAUUUAUUGAAAAUCCUGACAAACCGAAGGAUGGCAUGCCAACUUUAAGAUUUUUGGCUAAUGUUGAUGAUGAUGCUCAAAAAUUACAACUUCAAAAUGUGAAUGAUGGGACGAGUAAUUUUAUAAAUAAUGAUAAUAUAACAGAAGUUUUAAAAGUUCCAGCUGGUUCUUAUAAAUUACAGUACGAUGAACAUGUAUUUGGUGAUAUUGAUGUCAAUCAAGGUGGUUCAUACGUAUACAUAAUCGCUGGAAAUAAUCAAACGGGAUUUAAUUUCACAGAAUAUGUUUUAGCGGAACCGAAUUCAAUUCAUAUGUUAUGGCAAUUACCACAAUAUAUUAUUAUAACAGCUGGUGAAGUUAUGUUCUCUGUAACUGGUUUAGAAUUUUCAUUUACACAAGCCCCACAAAGUAUGAAAUCUGUUUUACAAGCAUGUUGGCUAUUAACAGUGGCUAUUGGAAAUUUAUUGGUUGUUUUUAUCGCUGAAUUCAUUAAAUUUCAUUCACAGGCAUUUGAAUUUUUCGCAUUUGCAGCUCUUAUGGUUUUAGAUAUGGGUAUAUUUAUUUUGUUAGCUUUACGUUAUACAUACGUUGAACAUGGUUCAACUAGUGGUUUAAAUGAAGGGGCAGAUGAAUUUCCAAAUGAUAUAAAAAUUCAUAAAGGUGAAAAAGUUGAAUCUCAAUUAACAGAAAAACCAGUGAAAUACUCGAAUAUUAAACAACAAAAUGGUCAUACAAAUUCCGCUUACACAGAAGACUUAUAGUGUUUCCAAUUUUUGUUUUUAUUAUGUACAUGUAUAUGUAUAUAAAUAUAUAUAUAUAUAUAUAUAUAUAUAUAUUAUAUAUAAUUAAAGUUUCCCUCUUGUAAUUAUUGCCUUAAUUUUUUAAAUUAAUUAUUAAUUUUUUUUUUGUUUUAUUUUAAUUGUAAAUUACUGGCCAUUAAUUACUUAAUUAAAAUCAAAAUUUUCUAAAUUUUAAAAUAUUAUGUAAAAUUGUGUAAAUUAGUUAAAAUAGAUGUAAUUUAUUAAUUUAAGAAUAAUUAAAUUAAAUAUUGUAUAAGUUUACAUACAGACAUACAUUAAAAUAUUAAUAAGAAAAUAUGCAAAAUCUUCAAAAAAUUAUUGAGAGUAUAAACAAAAUUUUAUAAUAUCUAUAGGAAAUUAUCAGAGUCUACACUAAUAGUAUCCAUUUUAAACGCUUGAUGUAAAGAUAUUAUCUAAAAAUUUUGUAAUAUUUAGAAUAAAAUCAAAUUUAAAAUUUGAAUUUUCUUACUGUAAUCCUGUAAAACUUUUAAAUAAUCUUCAGUUCAGAUGAUGUGUCUAAUAGGAUGUGGGUGAUAAUUUUUAUUAAUUUAAAACAUCAUAUUUAUAAAACAAUAAAAAUUUGUGUGCUUUAAAAGUUAUCAUUUCAACAUUUACUAGAUUUUAUUUAGAAAUUUUAUUUAAAAUUAAUUUUCUUUAAUUUGAUUUAUUUUAAAUUAAAAAGAAAAUUUAUAAAUUUUGAAUUCUUCUAGUACUAAAUUUAUAAAUCUAUUUUGAUAUCAAGCGUUCGAUAACGAUUGAAUUUUUAUUAACUCUUAUUAAAUAGAGAAUAGCAUGUUAUUGCCCUUCUUAAUUUAUUUCUUUUUGAUAUUCUUAGUUUUGUGUUGAUUUGAUAGCUUUGUGUUUGCAACAGACAACAAAAUGGUAGACUUAGAAUAUUUUGUUUUAGGAUUAGAAAAAAAAGUGAAAAUUGAAUAUGCGAAUUUUGUCUUUUUCGUAAUUUUAUUAAAAAGUCUCGAAAAUUUUUGAAGAUUUUGCGCGUUUAAGUUUUUCCGAUUCUCCGUCAUUGUUAUAUUUCUUCAAUUAAACUGUAGUUUUAUUCAAAAACAAAAAAAAAAUAUCAUAACUUUUGUUCAAUUUUAAGUAAAUUUUAAUAAAUGUCAGUAUUUUUUAUUUUAAUAAUUUUAAAUUAAAAACUUGUAAAAUUUUGUUAAUGAUGCCAUGCUGUAUACUGGCAAAUAACCUUUAAAUUUGUUAAACUAUGCAACGCCAGAAUGAAAAUAUUUAAUUUUAUGCUAAACACUUAAAUAAUUCUAAAUUAUUAGUAAUUAUUUGUUAAAAUUUUUGAUGUUAUGUUAAUAAUAUUGCAGUUAUAUGUACGCUAUUUAAAAAAAAAUUUCGGUCUUCCUAAUAUUUUUAACAAAUAUAACAAUGACAGUAAAAAGAUAAAAGUUAAAUUGAAGAAAAAUUUCAAAAAACCUGUAGUAGUUACAUAAGUAUGUGAAUUUUUGAGUAUGAGUGAUAGUCAAAGUAUAUAUAUUAAAAAAAUGUUGAUAACUUUUAUUUAAAUAUUAAUUCAAUAUUUUUUAAUUUAAAAAAAAAUAUGUUGUUUUUUGCGAUAUAAGUGAUUUAAGUGCAUGUAGGUAUUAAUUAUAUGAAAAUUAUACAGUCAUAUUCAUACCUUCAUUAUUUUUAUUUUUCUAGCAUUUUAAAUUGUUACGUUAGUUAAUUUUGCUUAUUUUUACAUUAUAUUAUAUUGUAUAUAUAUCGUAUAGUAUAAGUAUGUUAAAACAAGUUAGAUUUUAACCAUAAUCUUAAAAGAA